GUUUAUCUUGUGACUGGGACGAUCCCCUCUUCCUUCCUCGCGCUUGGAACCUGUUUAGCUGCGAUGCGUUUCUUGGUCGCCGCGUUCCUGCUCCUGGCGCUCGGCGCCUCCGCCCUGGCGGAGCCGGUGCAUUUCAAGGACUGCGGUUCUGGGGUUGGCGUUAUAAAGGAACUGAAUGUGAACCCAUGCCCCACCCAGCCCUGCAAACUGCACAAAGGCCAGUCUUACAGUGUCAAUGUCACCUUCACCAGUAAUAUUCUGUCUCAAAGUAGCAAAGCUGUGGUGCAUGGCAUCGUGUUGGGCGUCCCAGUUCCCUUUCCCAUUCCUGAGCCUGAUGGUUGUAAGAGUGGAAUCAACUGCCCCAUCCAAAAAGACAAGACCUACAGCUACCUGAAUAAACUGCCCGUGAAGAAUGAGUACCCCUCCAUCAAACUGGUGGUGCAGUGGGAGCUCCUGGGCGACAAAGGCCAGCACCUCUUCUGCUGGGAAAUCCCAGUGCAGAUCGAAGGCUAGACCUGCUGCUGCCAGUAUGUCUGUCGGGGGGUGAGAGAGCACAGGAGAAAUCCUGUCUAACCUAGAUCAGUGCCAUAAGAUGAAAGGAAUUUCCACACCACUGUGUUAUGCCUCUCAGCCUCCAAAGGGUUCCAGACCCCCUUUCCUGAGAGCUCUGAACUAUUGCCCUUGUAGUAUCUUUUGUGAAGGGGUAGGGGAGAGAUGAGAGAAGGAGGGGGAUAGGCAUGGCUUAAAUUGUCUUCGAUGUUUCUUGCUGCUAGGAGAAGGAGGGUCCAGCAGUGAGGACCCGAGUGAGGCUGUGUAGGGCUGUGGGAUAACUUGCCCUCGGGUUAUGGGCCCUGGCAGCAGAGGAUGGGUUCCAGACCUCUCCCACCUCCUGGGAUAUCACAUCUUCAGGUUCCUCGACUCCAAGUGCCUCCUUGAGUUCAGCGCAUUGGGCCAGCGCCUCAGCUCCGAGGCGCCGCUGGACGACAGUGACUUGCUGUCCGGCGGUGCCCAGCCUCUCGGUGGAAGGGAGAUGCUCUGCCACACAAACUCCCCUCUGAGCAGCCAGUCCACUAUGGUGAUCUCCUGUCUCCUUUUCUGUCUUAGGUGAUUUUCAUUAAACGCAGCACUUGAUAGCAGAUGUUUGAUUUUUUUUUUUUUUUUUUUUUUUUUUUUUUAACAACACUAACUUGUGGCUUCCUGAUGUCCCUGGAAAUGUCCUUUUGAAGUAAAUAAAACUUGGCAGUCUUGUCUUCUGCA